ACAUAGAUACAAAGCAGAAGUCAGCCAAUCAGAACGGCGAAGGGAAAAAGGAGGCUGCAGCGCUUCAUAUGCUAUUUCUGUCACGUAGAACGCAUACAUUUGUUUUGUUGCGUACAAACGUAAAUUGCGUACUUAUAUCAAGUUAUAUUUAAUUUCUAACCAGUAAUAUUGUUUAAAAGUGACAUAUACAUAAAAGUAUAGGAAUCAAUUAUUUUUAGAAAAAGAAAAAAAGUGAUUAUCCUUGACGGUGAUCGUGAUUAUUUUACCACUUAGUGACAACAAUGUCCGUGAUUAUGGAUUGUUUUCAACAGUAGCGGACCUUCGCGUUUGUGGGCUAUUCAGGAAAAAAGAACAGAAAAAAGGCAAGAGAUAAGUUCCCCCUGAGACAAUCAAUUGGCGUUUUGAACUGUCUUUUUUGUAUUCUUCAUAUCAGUACACGGGAGCAAGAACUGAAUUCGUUCAACCUACUGUUUCGUUUAAAGCCCUAUCCUCGAUUUAAAUCUAUAAAGGGUACCUAAGUCCACCUCUAAAUCUUUCAUCAGUGAUUUGUGAUGUACAAGUUCAGUGCCGGAGGAAAAAUUAUUACCUCUACAAUUAAUUUCGUACAUUCAAAAAGGAAAGGAAUUUUUAUACACCUAAGAAACAUGAACAGAAACUCAAUAAGUCUUCGAAGUCAUAGAAGUUUUUUAACAUUUCGUUUAUAUUGAAUUACUUGAUUGAGUUAUUGAAAAGCAAAUCAAGUUUGAUAGAACAGAAAAGUUAUUGCGCCAAGAUGGUGCAGCACGAAUGAUCUAACACCGUGUUGUUGUUGAGGGAUGCACAAUAAGUCUCUAGUACAAAAUUACUGUUUUUACAUAACACAAAGAAAACCAGUAUUGUCAUAAUGAAAUUGCUAGAGAGUACACGAUUUGAAGCUAUAAACAGUGCCUUGUUCAUUAAGACCGGAGAUAGCAAGAUAAUUGGAAGGAUUGAGAGUUAUUCUUGUAAGAUGGCAGGAAAUGAUAAACAACUGUACAAACGCUUCAAUGCAGAGCAAGGAGUUACACCACAUGACCUUCAAGCUUUAUCGCCACCACAAACAUCUUUGGGAACAUCACCUGCUCAAAGAUAUUUUAGUCGUAGUGUUUCUGGUGAUGAAGAUGGACCUUUAUGUGAUACAAUAAGCAGGAAAACAUUAUUCUAUCUGAUUGCAACUUUAAACUCAGCCUUUCAUCCUGAUUAUGAUUUUUCUGAUGCUAAGAGUCAUGAAUUUAGUAAAGAACCAAGCUUACAGUGGGUAAUGAAUGCGGUUGACAGUAAUCUCAGUGCAACUGCUGGAGAUCAUUAUCGUACUUUACGUUCUGCUCUCUGGGGUGCUAUCGACGAUGAAAUAUCAUUGAGCGAAUGUGAUAUUUAUAGCUACAAUCCAGACUUUGCAUCAGAUCCAUUUGGAGAAGAUGGAUGCCUGUGGUCUUUUAAUUAUUUCUUUUACAAUAAAAAAAUGAAGCGUAUUGUCUUUUUCACGUGUAGGGCAAUUAACCCUCUUUAUGUAUUAGAUUCAGGCAUAGGUAGUGACUUUGUGAUGGACGAAGAAGAUGAAGAUCGUUAUUAGAUCUUUUAUAUACGAUCACAGUUUGCAACAGUUAAAACUUUACAUUUUCUCUUGAUAGAUUAUUAUUAAUUUCAUGUAUUUUUUGUAUGUACAACUUUUUACAUUCAGUUUAUAAUUUAAGAUUAUGUGUGCGUGUAUGUGUGUAUGUAUAUAUGUAUGCAUAUAUAUAUAUAUAUAUAUAUAUAUAUAUAUAUAUAUAUAUAUAAAAUUGAUUUGGCUUUACAUUUCACAUGAUAUAUUUAUUAUAUAUUUUUCUUUCAUUUGAACAAGCAUGUGUACGCACUGACAAUGUACACGCAGUCUGUCAUCUAUUGUACAUACAAUAGUUUGAUUAUUUUAUUUUUUAGUGAAAUGUGACAAAUAUUAAUAAAGCCUAGUCUGUUUUUUAGACAAGGAUCUUACCAUUUUUCCUACUAGGAAAUGCAUCUGAUUUUCUUUAGAAAUUUUUAUGUAACAUUCUUUUUUGUUAUCCAAUGUGAUGAAUUACCUUAUAGCUUAAUUAGAUCUCACAAACAUAAAAUGUUGUGAUUAAUAAUUAAUUCUAUUAUGCCAAUUAUGCUCUAAUAAUUGUAAUUAAGCUUUCUGGAUGUGCAAUAUCUCAAUAUAGUGCACUUUCAUUUUAAUAUAAGUAGCUAUAUCAGAUUUUAUUUAAUAGAAUCUACAAGAUAAAAACAAAUUUUUGUUAUCAAAUUUAAGUGUAUAUAUGAUAAAAAAUAUCAAAAUUUUAUGAAAAGUUUAAAUCAGUAGUUCACAAUAUCCUUCUUAGUGGAAAAUUCAUAAUUAUGCUUUAUGAAGCAAUGAUAGUUAAUUUACGGAAUAAUUGAUGUCAAGUAACCAUUUUAUCAUUGUCCUUUACUUACAAUUACAUAUCAAUAUUACAUAUUCCAUAAUGACGUAUUAAAUUUGGGCAUCGUUACUUUCUUAGUGUAAUGAUAAAUUUGAUAUUAGGUAGGCUGAUAAAUGCUGUGAAACAGGAUAAAACAUAUCUAUUCUUCUUAAGGUUAUAGCUUUUGAAAGCUAUAGUAAAUUCUAUUAUUCACUUUGCCAAAUUACUUACCAAUACACAAAGCGUAUUUUGUAUUAUUAA